CUCUUACAUACAUCUCAUUGGCUCUUCCGUUGUCGAGAAUCUGCAGUGACAGAAUGGAGAGAGAGGAAGAGAGGGAACGGCGUCGUUUGCGUGAUCGACAGAGGAGGCAAUCAAUGACUAAAGAGCAGAGGGAACGACACCUUGCACGGCGGCGCAGAAACUACCAGCUCCGGAGGCAGAGAGCUGCAAAUGCUCCAUUACUGCUUCUUCCUCAACCCUCGGCCACCACUGCUUCUCACCUUCCAUGUCUCACUCCUCCCUCCCCCUCACACCAUACGUUACAAAUUAUUCAAGAUACUAUGAACGAUGGAUUUUCAAUUCAGUUGGAAGGUUCUUCCAAUCGGUUGCGAUUAAGCAAUGUUAAAAGGUUUGCAAGAAAACUUGGAAAUCCAAAGAGUGUUGUAGCACCAUUAGAUAGUCAUCAUCUUGCACCAGAAUUUAUCAUCCCAGGUUCAAGUGAUAAUGGCGGUAACAGUGGUACGACAAAAAUCUUGCGUUUGAAUAAUGUGAAGCGCUUUGCUCGGUCCUUAAAUUUUUCUGCUGAAGAACACCCAUUACAAAAAUAAA